AUGUCAACGGAAGCGCUCAAGCGCGACCAUUGGCAAUGGGAGAACGCCAUUGCCGGUGCCGCCGCCGGAUUCGCCACCGUCGCCGUCAUGCAUCCCCUCGACGUUGUCCGAACUAGGUUUCAAGUUAACGAUGGCCGAGUCUCUCAUCUUCCCAGCUACAAGAACACCGCCCACGCAAUUUUCACCAUUACUCGCUCCGAGGGAUUAAGAGGGCUAUAUGCAGGCUUUCUUCCUGGGGUUCUUGGGUCAACUAUAUCCUGGGGUUUAUAUUUCUUUUUCUAUGACAGAGCUAAACAAAGAUAUGCUAGGAGCAGAGAGGAGAAGUUGAGCCCGGGUCUUCAUCUUGCCUCAGCUGCGGAAGCAGGAGCUUUGGUUUGCUUCUGCACAAAUCCUGUUUGGCUAGUGAAGACAAGAUUGCAGCUUCAGACUCCUCUUCAUCAGACGCGUCCUUACUCUGGGCUAUAUGAUGCUUUUAGGACCAUAAUGAGGGAAGAAGGAUUUAGUGCACUUUACAGAGGGAUUGUUCCCGGUUUAUUGCUGCAGGUCUCUCAUGGUGCUAUUCAGUUCACCGCCUACGAAGAGCUGCGUAAAACUAUUGUUGAUUUGAAGAGCAAGGGAAGUGAAAUACAAAAUCAAAACCCUGAUCAACUCUUGAAUUCUGUUGAUUAUGCUGUUCUUGGAGCAACAUCAAAAGUUGCUGCAAUACUCCUAACCUAUCCAUUUCAGGUUAUCCGGUCCCGGUUGCAGCAACGACCCGGUGGUGAUGGGAUACCAAGAUAUAUGGACAGUUGGCAUGUUGUGAAAGAAACUGCACGAUUUGAAAGUGUCCGAGGUUUUUACAAGGGAAUCACGCCAAACCUCUUGAAAAACGUUCCUGCUUCUUCAAUAACAUUUAUUGUUUAUGAAAAUGUUAUAAAAUUACUAAAACUAGCUAGAAAGAAUGACUGA